AUGUCCCGUCCCCCCUCCAGCGAAGAAAAGCCCGGCCUUCGGCGUCUCUGGCGAGGAAGGAAGCGCUUUCCAGCCGAGCAGCGGCGCGUCAGGCCGCCGCCCCCCUGCCCGGGCCCGCCUUGUCCCGGGGAGCCGGCCAAGUUUUACGGAUACGAGCACUUGCAGCGACAGGCGCUUUUUACGACGCACCAAGAGGCCGAGCUGGUCCACUACGCCGACUGUAAAUCCUCCGGCGCGAACCUUGGCGAGGACCCAGAGCGCUUAAAUCAGGGCGCGUCGGCGACUCCCCUCUUCCCCUGGAUGAGACCGCAAGCAGCUCCUGGUAGGCGGAGAGGAAGACAAACAUACAGCCGCUUCCAGACUCUCGAGCUGGAGAAGGAGUUCCUUUUUAACCCUUAUCUGACCAGGAAGAGAAGGAUCGAGGUCUCUCACGCUCUGGGACUCACCGAGCGGCAGGUCAAAAUCUGGUUUCAGAACCGGAGGAUGAAGUGGAAAAAAGAGAACAACAAGGACAAAUUCCCGGCGGCCCGGCCAGAGGAGAAGGAAGGCGGGGAGGCCAAGAAAGAAGCUCAGGAGGAUCUCGAAGGCCGAGAGGAUGGCCCGGCGGAUUAAGGCGCUCCUCCUCUGAGCCUUAGCGAAGGACCAUGGCACACACGGGGGGGGGGCGUCUCCUGGCCACCCUCCCCGCUUCUCAGGCACCUUUGACGCAAGGGUCCGACCUUGUCUUUCAAGCUACCUUAAUGACAUUUCUGCGCGCUAUAGGUGAGAGUGGGUUUGAUUUGUUCUUCUUUCCACCUCUCUGGAGUCCCUGCUGACGGGUUGCAAGUCUUUUUCUUCGCCUGGAAUUUGAUACUUUAAAAAGAAAAAGGGGGGAAAAAAACAACCCAGCAAUUUUGUACGUGGUUUUCUUAUGGGGGGGACUUUUCUCUUCUGCUCUAAGGACAAAUUGUCAGAUCUAUUUUAGGAAUCCAAUCAGCCGAGUUUUGCACCUGUAUUUAUCUUUUUUUGGGGGGUGGAAUCCUCUCCCUACUGAUUAUUUCUUUGUAAAGUAAAUUAAUGAAGAGAUUUAAGUGAUUUUUUUGAGGGGGGGAAAGGAAACUGCCUUAUAAUGAGACCUUUUAAUUAUCAGCCGCUGAUCGAAAUAAAACGAGGUGUUAUCCCUG